AUGCCUCGCAAAGAUCAUCAUAAAAAAACUCAAAAUAAACUUAAUGUGAAGCUUCGUUCAGACAAUAUAGAUUUGAAUAGAGACGAGAUCUUUGCGAAAUAUUAUGAAUUAGAAAAUUCUAAGCUUAACAAAUUGAAAACUCAAAUUGAAUCACUAAUUUCCAAAAUUAACCGAUUAGAAAAUGAUAAAAAUUUAUAUCAAACUGAAAACAAUAAACUUAAAGAAGAAUUACAACACAUUGCCAGCAGAUAUGACGAUAAUAAAACAGAGCUUGAAAGAUAUUAUAAUGUUAUUCAAAGAACUAAUUAUGUAUUACAGGAAGUGUUCAGUUCUAAUGAAAUAGAAGACCUAUGUAAUAAAAUUGGAGAAAUUUGUGAUAAAGAUUUUGAAAAAAUAGCUGAGAUAGUUGAAGAUGGUAGAGAACAAUUUCUACCUUUAGCUCGAUCACGACGUUUUUAUGAUACAAACGAUAAAGAAUUUGAUACUAAUAAAUUUAAUUUUUAA